GGCCCUGGCAAUUCACGCACCUCGCGUGCACACAGACACAGGCAGGCACACAGCGCAAUCACCGUCUCGCCUCGCAGUCGUACUCACGGUCUUGCACACACCCGUCCCCAUCCUCUUCCGGUGUCGCCAUCCCCUCCGUCGACCGCCGCGUCCGGCCGCGGCAACCCGACCUGUGUCAAUCGCCAUGACUACCUCAAGGCGUCUUGCUGAUAGGAAGAUAUCACGAUUUGAGAAGAAUAUCACAAAGAGGGGCUCUGUUCCUGAGACAGCCAAGAAGGCAAACGAUUAUCCUGUUGGGCCUAUUCUUCUUGGGUUCUUUGUCUUCGUGGUUGUUGGAUCAUCUCUCUUUCAGAUCAUCAAGACAGCAUCAAACGCUGGUCUAUUCUGAGGUGAAUCGGUUGACACAUGCAGUUUGUCACUAGAAACUAUACAAGUGUAGGGCGUGGCUUAAUGUCGCCUUUUUAAUGUUGUACCGUGGAGAGUUUUAAGUUAUAUAUGUAAUGGAAGUGCUAAUUUAAGUCACCUGUCUGACAGGAAAGAUGUUGGAGUAGUCCAUAAUACAUAUCGAGUAUAGUUAUAGUUCGUGUUAAAUAUUUCUAUGCUCAAAUUGGUCGCAUCAUUGGGCUAUUGUACUCUUCGAUUUAUCGAGUAAUUUGGUAAUCUUUCGCAGAAUUUUCGUCUUGGGUUUGCCCCGAGCCCAUGAGAGGUUAGUGUGGUC